GUUGCAGCUGCAAACGAAGCUGCAGCUGUGCCGGCGGGAGAGGCCUCCAUGGCAGCCGACCAGCCGCUCUCCGAGGACCUGGCUUGCCCGGUUUGCCACGAGGGCUUCACGGAGCCGGUGCGCAUAGCCUGCGGGCACACCUUCUGCCGGGCGUGCCUGCUGCAGUGCUGGGGGGCGGCGGACGGCGAGCGCGCCGCUUGCCCGCGGUGCGGCAGGCCGUUUCGGGAAGGCGACGUCAGGCCGGACGAGGACUUGGCCGAGCUCGUAGCAAAGGCCAAGGGACGUGAGGAAGGGGCCGAAGCGGGCGACGAGCCGGGCCUGUGUGGGCGGCACCAGCAGCCCCUGAGACUCUUCUGCCGGGAGGAGCAAAGCCUCAUUUGCCGGGUGUGUGACAACUCCAAGGAGCACAAGGGCCACAAGGAUGUUGUUCCAGCAGAAGAGAUUGCCCAAGGAGGCCAGGUCGCACAGAUCGCCUAUUCGAAUAACGAAGUCACAGAGGUGGCCUCAGCUGUGCCUGCGCCCCCACAAUUUGCAGAUGUGGAAGAGGAAGUCAAGUGCCCCAUUUGCCACGAAUAUCUGACAAAUGCAGUGUCCGUGGACUGUGGCCACAACUACUGCCAGACCUGUAUCCUCAGGCACUGUAGCAUGAAGGAAGACUUUGGGGAGGAGGUGACGUGUCCUCUCUGUCAAGCCCCGAUCCAGAGAGAGAAUAUUCGGCCAAACUGGCCACUGAGAAACCUGGUAGAGAUGAUCAAACACUUCCCACUCAGAUUACCCGAGGAGAAUCUGUGUACGAAACAUGAAAAGAAACUCAGCCUGUUUUGCACUGAGGACGGAGAAUUAGUGUGCAUACACUGUAAAAGGUCCUCAGAGCACCGAGCACACAAUGUACUUCUCCUGGAAGAAGCUGUUGAGCAAUACAAGGAACAAAGCCAGUCUCAUCUGGAGUUUCUGAAGAAAGAGAAAAAGAAGCUUGAGGAACAGAAACGAGCAAAAGAGUGGAGAAUUGAAAACUGUCUGGUACAGUUGGAACAGGAGAAGAAGCGGAUCAGGUCUGACUUUGAGAGAAUGCAGAAGUUCCUUGAAGAGAAGCAGCAACUCUGGGUAGAUCAACUGGAGGAGCUAGAGGAAGAGUUGAAGAAAAUGCAGGACAAGCACCUCGCUAAAGUCUCGAAGGAGUUUUCACGACUCACUGCACUGGUUGCAGAGAUGGAGGAAAUGUGCCUUCAGCCAGAAAGUAAAUUCCUGCAGGAUACCAGAAAUGCCUUGGGCAGGUGUGAGAAAAAAGUAGGAUGUGUGGUGAACCUUUCUCCCGGGCUGGAAGAGAUGCUCAGAAUUCACUUGCAGAAAAGCUCUGAUUUAAGGAUGCAUAUGAGGAACUGUAAAGAGGCUGUGGAGCGAGUGCUCAGCACAGAGGCUACGGAGCGAGCUUUGGUCCGGCCCUUCAAUGCAGAUGUUCUGCAGCAAGCUCAAUACAAAGUGAGCAUGAUUAUGAAUCCAAAUGCCCAGUCUCCUGAAUACUUCAUGUUAAAAGAUCUGAAGAUCUCAAAAUCGGAUGGGGCACCUCACAACCUGCAGUCCUUUAACAGUAUGCUCUAUGAGCUGAAGUGUGAGCGACUCCCUUCGGGAAGACCUUGGUGGGUGGUGGACAUGCUGGAGAAGGGGAUGUGGAAAGAUCUGUGGGGACUACCUGACUGGGCCAUCGGGGUUGCCAAGCACACAGUCAUGAUGAAGGAUUGCUUCAGCCUUAGUCCUGACGAGGGGAUCUGGGCCGUGGGGCAGACACACAGCGACUGCUCCUCACCCUGUCAGGUUUUGGCUUUCACCUCCCCUGAGCCAACCCUGUUGACCUUGAAGAAACAGCCCAGGAAGAUCUGGGUGGCCCUGGAUUUUGAAGAGGGCUGUGUGGACUUUUUUGAUGCUGAUACAGAUGAAUUCAUCUUCACGUUUUACUCACUUUCUGCGGAGGGAGUCCAGCCCUUUUUCUGCAGAGGGGGAACAUGGUAGGACUGUUUAAAGAAGAACUGCUUUGAACCAAAAAAUGUGACAGUUAGCCAUUUCGUGUGUACAUACGUAUAUCUGACGAUCCUGCACACAACGGCUUUCAGAUUGUUCUGGAGCCCUAGCUGGGCAUGUGAGCCACAGAGAGGCCAUUUUGUGUGGUCUUUCAAAGGGGGAGGGGGCAGGUCCAAGGCUGCAGAAGUCUGGAAACCCCACGCAUGCAGAGUGCACAGGCCCGCCCUCUCCAUCAUCUGCUCAGAGCACCCCCCCCUCGCCCAAGGAACCUUUUGGCCUCACCCCCAAUUGGCUAAUGGGGCCAGGCAUCAUUAUUCACACAUUUGUUUUGCUUGCUGUGCACUGGUCUAGAGUCGAGCAUACAGAAAGCUGGUGGAGGUGGCUCCAUACACAACAUGCAGGUCAGCAACCACUCCUAGGCGAGCACCUUCACAGUAAACGGGAGUCCCUACCUUUGCCCUUUCUGCUGUGUGGCCAAGAGAUACACUUCAAGGCUCGCCAGGUUCCCAUGUGCCUGGGCAGGGGACUUGGCAGGAGGUGGAGCCAGGAGUGCUUGGCCAAGACGGAGCUGGUUGGACUUGGUAGUUUGCACUGGCUCCUGGGCGAUCGUCUGCCUUGCCCCGUUCCUGUACUGCUGGUUGGGUUCACCGUAGGUCUUGCCGCCGUGGCUAAUAAAGUUGCUGCCCUGUUUGGCCCAGGGACUUGCAUCUUGCUCUUUCUUCCAGGUGCCCAUGCAGUAAGCAACAGGCGGUUAACAAAUAGGAAAGCACUGUCUAAUUUUCCAUGUAUGCCAGUAAAAAUGAAGUCAGAUUCUAGUAAAUGUUGCUCUUUUGAGCUAGGUAUGUGAAAUGUUUGUCCCUUCAGAAAUUAUUGGCCUGAUGACGCAGGAUAAAUAACUGAAUGGACAACUAAGCAAAUAAAUUCCAUGUAAUUCUUCUUUGUACCAUUAAGCUGUA